AUGGAGUCCAAGACCUACAUACAGGCAGUCGACCUCUGUCACAUGGGAAAGCAAGGGGACCAGAAAAGGUCCGAGAAAAAGGAAAGUCGCUCACAGAAAGCGGCCCCCAAGGAAGAUAAGAAGAGAAAAGAUGUUUGGAUGGUCGACUCCACUGGUCAGCCGCCCAGUAAGAAAAGAAAAGAGUUCACUCCAUAUUCCCCCAAGUAUGAGUUCAACAAAGAUAAUCAUGCUAUUUUUAAAGAAGUUAAGGGCCGACUCUCACUUGAGAAGCCGGCACCUAUGAAGGGUGAUCCUAGCAAGCGCAACCAAGGCAAACACUGCCAUUUUCAUGAUGACGUUGGGCAUGAGACCAACAAAUGUAUUAGCCUCAAGCGUCUGCUGGAUCAGUUGGCUGAAAAGGGUGUUCUGGACUCUUAUGUCAACAAACCUAAAGGAAAACAGCCCCCCAAACAAAAUCAGUCGGCCAGGCAAAAAAGACAGAAGCCGGCCGACAGCUCUGACACUAAUGAAGUCACCAUCUAUACAAUAGCAGGCAGCUAUGCAGGGGGAGGACCGACUGUUCGGGGAAACAAGGAUAGCAUCAGGCAGUUGGAUGUUAACUCUGUUAAUCGGGGUGAGACCUCUGGUACCUCGUUUCCUGAUGUUAUUAUUUCUGAGAAAGAUUUUGGUGGUGUCCGACGGCCGCAUGACGACCCAAUUGUCAUCGAGUGUAAAGUGGCCAACCAAAGAGUUGGCAGGAUACUUAUUGAGACAGGGAGUUCAUCGGACCUCAUCAGCCAUAAGUGCUUGACCAAGCUCAAGUACAGGCCUGAGAGUAUAUAG